AUGUCAAUUAGAGAACUUUAUGAAUCCAAAGAUGGUCCCACACUCUCGUUAGAGUUUUUCCCACCCAAGACAGAGACUGGUAAGCAGAACCUGUUAGAACGUAUGGAACGUAUGACUGCACUGGGACCGCUGUUUGCUACCGUUACUUGGGGAGCUGGUGGUAGCACUGCUGAAAAGACGUUAGAAUUAGCUUCCUUAGCUCAAAAGAAUUUGAAUCUGCCAAUUUGUAUGCACCUAACAUGCACCAAUAUGGAUAGAAACAUUAUUGAUGAUGCUUUGACUAGAUGUAAAGCCGCAGGAAUUCAUAAUAUUCUGGCAUUAAGAGGAGAUCCACCCAUCGGUCAAGAUUGGUCUGAUUUAGAAGCUUCUCAGUCGGAAUUUAAGCAUGCUGUCGAUCUUGUCAGGUACAUUAACUACAGAUUUCCAAACGAGUUCUGUAUUGGUGUAGCUGCAUACCCAGAGGGCCAUUGCGAAGGUGAAGCCGAGGGUAAUGAGCAAAAUCCUUGGAAGGAUUUACCAUUCUUAAAGGAAAAAAUAGAUGCAGGUGCUGAUUUUGUCAUUACUCAACUGUUUUACGAUGUGGAUAAAUUCUUACAAUUCGAACAGAUGUUUAGGCAGCACAUCUCUACAGAUUUGCCCCUAAUUCCAGGUCUUAUGCCCAUCAAUUCUUACCUUUUGUUCAACAGAGCCGCUAAACUUUCUCAUGCAUCUAUACCAUCAAGUGUUUUACAAAAAUUCCCACCUGAGAUUCAAGCUGACGAUGAUGCAGUUAAAUCUAUUGGUGUGGAUAUUUUGAUAGAAAUUAUUGAAACGAUUUACAAGGCUACUCAUGGUCGCAUUAAAUGUUUCCAUUUCUACACUCUGAACUUGGAGAAAGCUGUUGCUAAGAUAGUGGCAACCUCCCCUACCUUAAGCGAUACUUUGGAUGUUGUUGAAGAUGAAAAUGAUGAGGCUGCCACAUCAGAACCGGAAGAACAAGAUCAGGAAGGCGAUAUUGUUCUCGAAGAUGCUAACGUGAAAAACUUGAUCGAGGAUAAUCGUAAAAGAAGAAGACAAUCAAGUACCGUUAGCAACGUUUCCAGUGAACUGACUUCUAAUAGAGUUAUUAUCGGUAAGAAAAACCAACAUGGUGUAGGUGCCCCCACUAGAAAAGUGGUCAUUUCGAUCUCUCAAGGUUCAGGUACGUUGGGACGUGAUGCUACGUGGGAUGAAUUCCCCAACGGUCGUUUCGGUGAUACAAGAUCACCUGCAUUCGGUGAAAUUGAUGGUUAUGGUCCCACUUUGAAAGUAAGUAACAAGAAGGCUUACGAACUUUGGGGUCAACCAAAAACUAUUCAGGAUUUACAGAUAAUUUUCAUCAAAUACUUGGAAGGAUCUAUAGACGCAUUGCCAUGGUGUGAUUUAGGCCUUUCACCGGAAACAGCUUUAAUUCAAGAAGAAUUGAUUCAGUUAAAUGAGAGAGGAUUUCUAACGUUGGCAUCCCAGCCUGCUACCAAUGGAUCACCUAGUACCAAUAAAAUAUUCGGUUGGGGUCCGGCAUACGGUGUGGUUUACCAAAAGGCAUUCAUAGAAAUGUUUGUCCCCAAAAAUAUAUGGGAAAACGGUAAUAUGAAAAAAGCAAUUGAACAGUACGGACGUGCUAAAUUGACUUAUUAUGCAAAUGACAGUCAGGGAAAUUUUGAAACUAAUCUAGAGUCCAAUAGUUCGAAUGUAGUCACUUGGGGUGUCUUCUCGGAUAGUCAAGUGAUUCAAUCAACAAUCGUAUCUGAAGAAUCCUUUAAAGCGUGGAGUGAUGAAGCCUUUAGCAUAUGGUUGGAGUGGGCUAAACUUUUCCCCAGAAAUACAUCAACGAACAGUCUUUUGAGACAGAUUCACCAGGAAUAUUGCCUGAUAUCGAUUGUCCAUCAUGAUUACAUCAACCCAGACGAGCUAUGGGAAAUCAUACUGUCCUAA